UCGACCUACUCCUUUCUUCGCACAGCGCCUCUUUAUUAAUUUUGAGCUAAUUACACUUGAGGUCCAGAAACUUGUAUAGCAUGUGAAGCUUUGGGCCUACUACUUGCAAACCGUGAAGAUUUGGUCCAGAAACUUGCAAUUUGGACUCAUCACUGGUCCUCGCCAAUCAGAAGCCGCCAAGUGUCAUCCACGCUGGCAGUUUGGACGCGCUGGCAUGUGUAGUUUUUGCUGAUAACCCUCUGCUGUUUCCAUUUUCUCUGUUUCUAGUCUGUCUGAACCGCCCGUUGGAUCGUUACAGGUGUCGUCGGUUGCGCGUCGGCUGCACGAAUCUCCAACCCUAGUCGAGCUGAGCUGAGACAGGAGCAGCGGCGGGCGGCGAGACAGGAGCGGCGCAGCUGGUCGGCGGAGACAGGAGCGGAGCAGCGGCGGAGAGGAGCGAGGGAGGUGCCCCGCGGAGAGGAGCGAGGGAGCAGCGGCGGAGAGGAGCGAGGGAGCUCAAUGGCGACGACGACGGUGGGCCGUGAGUUCAACGGAGGCGGUGGCGGAAGCAGGUGGGCAGAGGAGGAAUGGAAGGAGACGUCGGUCGUCUACUACCCCACGGCGACGAGAGGUGCUGCCACGCCGUCAAAGGAAACAUUGGAUCAAUUGGAGAAUGAUGGUGUGAUUAGAAGCAGGAAUUCCAGAGACAUUGAGGAAGAAAAUAAGCAGCUAGUGCAUAAGCUUAAUGAAAUGGAAAAUGAGAUAAAGAGAAGGAAUCUAGGAAGAAAGAAAUGCAGAGGGCACACCAGCAAGAUCUUAGAAAUAGAGAUAGGAGAGAGUUUAUAAUGUUGACAGUUGUAGCUUCUUGCUUGAUCUUGUACUGUGUUGUUGCUUUGU